AGAGAGCGCGCGGGCGCGCCACCGACCGUGUGAGAACUCGAACGAGCGCCUUGACGCGCUUAUCGGAAAAUUGGCGCGAAAAUGCGGAACUGUCAAAACGCUUGACUGGCGUUUUAAUUUUCGUUGUCGCAUUGGAAAAGACGUGAACUCUGUACGGCCCCGACAUUUAUAUAAAUGAUAUUAUCAUAAUAUAAGAUAAUAACUACGAACAAUUAUUAUUCUUUGCUGACAAAAGAUUUUCAAUUUGUCCUGUUUAAGAAGUGAAUAAUAUUGAAGUGUAAAUCGUUAAUAUCGUCGCGAAAAUGGCAGGAGCCGAUUUAUAUCUGCUGUUCGUGAUUUUCGUAACAAUGGUAGUUGGCCGCGAAGGUGUUCUAGCCUCGUCUUCUGAGAGAGAACUAAGAUGUGGAAGUCGUCUUGUGUCAGGACUAUUCUCGAAGCCACGACUCCCGCUCGGAUACUCUUACGUAACGACAGUGCCUCGUGGAGCAUGCCGACUCAAUGUAACUGAAGUAGUUCCUAGCGAAAACUACAUUGCAUUAAAAGAAUCCAAUGGCACGUACAUUAUAAAUGGGGAGUUUGCUGUGAGUGCGCCUGGAACUUACGAUGUUGCUGGAGCCCGAUUUUUAUACACCCGAACGGCCAGUCUUGACGGCAUUUUUGCUGUGGGUCCGAUACAUAAACCCAUUGACAUAAUGAUAUUAUACACACAACCAAACCCGAAUAUUAGGUACGAAUAUUUAACUGACACGGAAGAUGAAACCAGUAACGACAUUCCGACUUCAAUGCCUCCCGCCCAUCACCAGAUGCAGAGGCAUCACCGUCACCACCCACCACCCCAUAGCUUGCCCAGAACAGAUUCUUCUAUAUCGAAGGAAUCAAAUUUCUAUAGCCUUGAAAGCCAAUCACAAGCGGAAAGUAACGUGAUCGGAGAUAGGAAAUUUAUGUGGAAAAUUAUGUCUUUCACCCCGUGCUCUCGUACCUGUGGCGGAGGACUACAAAUCGGAAAGUUCAAGUGUGUAGAAGUUGGUUUAAAAGAAGACAAAGAGGUAUCUCCAGUGCAUUGUACUGGUGCGGCACCACCUUCCCGCCGACGGAGGUGUUCUGGGGCUCCAUGUCCUCCCCGUUGGAGGGCUGCAGCGUGGGGUCCUUGUCCGGUCUGCGGACCAGCCCACAGAACUCGAAUUGUGGGAUGUGUUCAGGAUCAUGCUCGAGGAAUUAUCAAGAUAAGCGAUCAAAAGUGCCCAUUGCCAAUGCCACCAAGCAGUGAGCGCUGUAAUGUUCCAAACUGCGAUGGCUCAGUAACUACCACAGCUUUGCCACGUCUCGAUUCACGACGCCAAGUACGACCAAAAGAUCGAACGGAUCAUUUCCGAGAAGGCCCUGUUAUAACUCUUGCAACAAAUUUAACAGACAAUGAGAUUACUUCCACUCCGCCCACUUCGUAUAGUUUCAGUGCUGGUGGAGGCUGGUUAUAUACGGAAUGGUCCGAGGCAAGCGAAUGGUCAAAGUGCUCCGCUGGAUGCGGUGGCCGACAGGUUCGAGGCGUGAUAUGUAUUGGAGGGAACGGCAGGAGAUUAAGAGAUUCGGCAUGUAGAGGAACCAAACCUGAAACUGAAAGGGACUGUGGUGGGGACUGCUCUCCCUCUUGGUACUUGAGUGACUGGAGCGAGUGCAAAGGUCCCUGUGAAGCUGGAGUCCAGUCCCGAACUGUCUGGUGUGCCCGUGGCGGAAUCGAAGGAGCAAACGGUGCCGCUCGAGACGGAGAAUGUCCAGGAGUGAGGCCUCCAGCAAAGAAAAUGUGUGUACCAGCACGAUGUACCAGCAAACCAGUUAUCAAUCCAAACGUUAUCAGUCCUCCAGCAGUUUCAGAUCCUCAGCAGCGCGUUACGAGACAUCAAAUCAAUACCCCUCCACAUAUCAGGGAUAGGUCAUAUGCUGACGGAAAACUCGUGAGAACUGCUAAAGGCGCUAUGAUACGUAUUUCGAUACAAAACGGACGCAUAGUGAGACGUAACAUAAAUACAUAAUUAUGUAAAAGCGAUACAAUUACAUAAAUUUAUAAUUCUUACAAACACUGCAUGUAGCUUCAGCACGAAAUAAAUAACAUUGACACGUAACACAGUCCCAAUGUAUACGCGUUUAUCAGACAAUUGUGUAUGUGUUUAUUUGCCAAAAUAACUCAUAUGUGUGAUCACAAUCUUUCGAUUUAUAGAGAAUAUUUCAUACUACGUAUAAAUAAUUAUUGAAUUUUAAAAUAUUUAAAGAAAAUUGCUAAUAUGUUAAAGGAACGUAUCGACUUCAAUGCGUGUAUUUUUAUAUAUAAAUUCUUGUCUUUUAAGUAUUAGAUGUAGUACCGUGAUCUCCGGUUUAGUUGUGUUUGGAGCUGAUCUGUGGAAUGUAGAAUAGUCGGAACUUACCUGAAGUUGACAAAAAAAAAAACAAUGUUUUCAUGAUUAUGACAACUUAUGUGUUUAGAUUAACAACAUUCUAACUACAUUGUAUGUUGUAAUCGUUCGUAAUUAAAAAUUAGGCUACGCAUUUAGUUCUAGAACAAAAUAGUAUUUUAAUGAAUGUAUGAGAAAUUAUAAUAUUCUUUUUUCGAGUUUUCUAUUUUAGUUUUAAUAAUUUUAGAUAUUUUCUUCGUAAUUUAUUUUGGCGAUCCCAACACGGAUCCUUUCUGUAUUAUUAACUUUUGAAAUAUGUAAAUAGUUAUUUUUUUCAUGUAUAGUGCAUUUACGUACCGGCUGUUUAAUAUUUAAAUGAGUAUUUAAGUGAAAUAUCAUCACAAUAUGUAACUUAUUAAUAUCGGUUUGGGUAAUCAAACCCUUUUAAAUUAUCAUUAAAGAAACAUUACUAAUUAUGCAUAUAACAAUGUACAAAAAUAAAAUAAAAGCUUUAAACAC